AUGGAUGAGGACACAUUGGUGUCAUCUACGAGAAAUAGUACUGCAAAUGAUGAAAUUCCUGAUUUAGAAGGUACUACUUUUUUUUUUAAGGUUUGUGAACCUAAUUAUUUCACCUUUCUAUGUAUUGGCAUGGGGCUAUUAUGGCCUUGGAAUUGUAUCUUAAGUGCAUCUGAAUACUUCCAAAAUGAUAUAUUCCAUGGUACUUCUAUAUGGGCUAAUAUUUUUACAAGUUCUAUGAUGUCUGUUUCAACAGUCACAUCUCUACUGUUUAAUUUAUGGUUAUCCAAAAGACAAAUGGCUUAUUCUCAACGUGUUGUUAGAGGGUUGAUAUUAGAGAUAUUAGUAUUCAGUUUGUUAGUUGCAGUUACAUUUGUUCAUUCUUUGUUUCCACAAAGUUUAAACUUUAUUUGGAUUAUGUUUCUUGUUGUCAUUAGUGCAAUUGGUACUGCCCUAACUCAGAAUGGUAUACUUGCAAUUGCCAAUGUAUAUGGCUCAGAAUACAGUCAGGCAGUUGUAUUGGGACAAGCAAUUGCUGGUGUGUUGCCAUCUAUAGUAUUGUUCCUAAUCACAUUUUCAGAUAAACCAGAUAAUAAGGGAUCUUUGAUUGGUAUAAUUUUAUAUUUUUUGUCUACUUCGUUGGUAUCACUAAUUUGCAUAUACCUGUUUAGAUCCAAUAACAGCGAUAGAGUUUUGAAAGAUACCCCUACUAGCUUUACGGAAUCAGAGUCCCUUUCUGAUAAUAAGAUUUUUGUUCCAACAGAACUACUAUAUUCAAAGUUGAAAUAUCUAGUUCUUUCGAUAUUUGUUACAUUUUCAGUCACUAUGGUCUUUGCAGUAUUUGCAUCCACUAUUGUAGCAAGAGGUAUUCCAUUGAGUGACAAACAGUAUAUUCCAUUAAUAUUCACAGUCUGGAAUGUUGGUGAUCUAUGUGGAAGAUUUAUAGCAGAAUUGCCAUUCUUCCGUAAUGACAGCUUUACAGCAUACAAGACGUUUGUAUAUUCAUUGUCAAGAAUAGCGUUGUUGCCAUUGUUUUUCCUAUUUCUGAGAAUCCCCAAGAGAUCUCCAAUACUUCAAGAUAUAUCAUACAUCAUGUUACAAUUCAUAUUUGGUCUAACGAGUGGACAAGUAAUCUCUAUGAGUUUUAUGAAGAUUCCUGGAGCAUUAGAUUCAGAUGUCGAAAGAGAAGCAGCAGGUGGGUUUUCCAACGUGUUUGUCUCUGUAGGGCUAGCCGCUGGAAGUCUGUUAAGUUAUGUUUUCGUUUUCAUAAUUAGUAAAAUGAAACAAACCGUGUGA